AUGCCGAGUCAAUCCGCGAAAUGGAGAAGGACAAGUGAGUAUUGUACACUUCUAAGACAUGUUUUGGGUCUACAAUAGUUUUCGGGAAAUCUUGACAUCUAAUGGGUCAUUUUUGUAGUUGACACUUUUUUUGUACGAUCACUCCGAAGAGUUCUGUAGCUGCGGGAAGUUGGCACUGAAAUACAUAAGCUUUUCGGUGUUUCCAACUUCAACGCGCUACAGUACCUCAUGGAGUGCUUGUACGGACAAAGUGUCAAUUACAAAAACAUUGUACACAUUUGUACCUUUACUUUUGUAGUUGACAACUUUUUGAUCCAACUUGUUCCUAGAGUACUGUAGCGCUUUAAAGUUAGAAGCUUAAAAAAGCCAAUAAAUUUCAUUCCCAACUUCCCGGAGCUACAGUACUCUUCAAAGUGGUCCUAGAAAAAAGUGAUCAACUACAAAAAUAAAGUGCUAGAUGUCAAGAUUAUCCUCAAAAACUUUUAAAGCCAUAAUACUCGUUGCAAAGUUGUCCGACUCGAUUUCCGUUUUUUCAGCGCCGUCCAAACCGAAACCCACGCCGACCGCCCGCUUCUCCGGCAUUCCGAACACGUCUCCAACUCUACCACCGCCUCAAAUACCCAAAACUCGAGCACAAACCGCGCCGACGCCUUUUCCGACGACAACUUCGGCUCCAACUCCUUCUCCAGCGAGUUCCGAAUCGUCGAGCCCGAAUUUUGUCGGCAAAUACCUAAAAUACGCGCUGCUCGGCGGAUUUUUGAUAGUUCUCUUCAUCGUUUGCCUCGUCGCUCUCAAAUUCUUCACGAGGAAGGCGGCGAAAAAAGGCGCGACGAAGAAGAGGAACGGGAAGCUGAAGACGAAGCAGAGAGCGGCGAAACACGCGAAAAAAGGCGAGAAAGUGGCGGUGAAAAAUACGAAAAAAGGAGAGAAAAAGUCGAAAGAACCGGUGGAAUCGGCGGAAAGUUCCGAGGAAGAGCAGUCGAAACGCGAUUUCGAUGGAGCCAUCGUUUGUCUUUAG